CCCUGCCCUAUAUUAACACGCCAUAAGGACAACACAUCCCAGAGACUUUAAAUCGGUUCAUUUAAAUUGAAGUUUUGACAGUGCCACACAAGGAUUCACCAUGCCUAUCGACUACAGUGGCACAUGGGACAUGACUAGUAAUGAACACUUUGAAGGUUACAUGGUUGCUCUCGGCAUUGAUUUUGCAACACGCAAGAUUGCAAACAUGUUGAAGCCUCAGAAAGUGAUUGAACAAGACAGUGAUUCUUUCACCAUCAAGACACUCACUACCUUCAAAAACUAUACAGUCUCAUUCAAGAUAGGGGAAGAGUUUGAGGAGGUGACCAAAGCCAUGGAUAACAGAAAAGUCCAGACGGUGGUCAACUGGGACCAUGAUAAACUGGUGUGUGUUCAGAAGGGAGAGAAGAAGAACAGAGGGUGGACGCACUGGAUCGAAGGAAAUGAGCUCUAUCUGGAACUCACCUGUGAGGAUAAAGUCUGCAAGCAAAUUUAUAAAAAGAGUGCUUGACCAUGCUUUCACCAUAAUAUUUCUGCAACCUUAUAUAUAUAUAUUUUUAAAUAUGCUUCAAUCAUAAAUGUAUCACUAAUGUGAUAUGCUCAUGGUACACAUGCUUUGAGUAGCCAAAGAAUUUGAAGAAAAAAUAUUAACAUUAAUAGAAAUAGAAAUGGUAAUGAUAUGCUUGAUGUACAUUGAGGAUUUGUAUUGUAUUGUUAUUUUUUGAGUGACUUGAUAGUUCAUGAUUAUCUACAAUAAAUGUGAUUUACCCACUGCCAUGAAUAAAGCCCUGGACCAUAA